AUGGAAAGCCCCAAGGUCUCGUUAUCCCAGAGGUUCGGUGACCCGACAGCAGCCAACGGUGGCCUCUCAUUCCAAGGUUACGUCGCGGGCGAUGUAACUCUACAGCACGCCGGUCGUGGCGGUUCAUCGGAACUUUUUGACGAUCUACCCGAGGCUGCGUUCAACUCUCGCUCCAAGGAACACUGGCCUUCGUGCCUCGAAAACACCCGGCAGAGUCUUCUUGAAAAAAUACACAAUUGGGCUGAUGCAAAAGAUGGAAAACACAUAUACUGGCUCAAGGGCAUGGCCGGCACGGGAAAGUCCACCGUUGCCCUGACUGUAGCUCGGCAGUACAACGAGAAAGGACGCCUCUGCGCGAGCUUCUUCUUCUCGAGAGGUGGUGGUGACCUCGCCUCUGCUGGGAAGUUCGCUAGAACAAUCGUUUCUCAGCUACGCAGGACUUUGCCCGGGCAUAGAGAGCACGUGGACAACGUUGUGAAGUGCGAUCCUGACAUCCGCAAGGCAGGGUUGUACGAACAAUGGGAGAAGCUAGUUUUGCAGCCUUUGAUGCAGCUGGGUAAAGGCACAUCUCCGGCCCCAUCACUUAUCGUCGUCGAUGCGUUAGAUGAAUGCGACAACGAAGAUGAUGUGUCUCUGUUGAUACAGUGUUUGGCCGAGGCCGCAGCAGUCAAAGAUAUAUAUCUGCGAAUAUUUGUGACAAGUAGGCCAGAGCAGCGCAUACACUUUGGUUUUAGUCGCAUUUCACCAGACGCACGGGAAGACUUCAUCCUCCAUAAUAUCGAGCAUUCCAUAGUGGACCAAGACCUGGAGCUGUUUUACGAGGACAGGCUCAUGCAUAUAGCUAAACGAUUCAAUCUUGGGGACUCUCUCAUUUCUGAUGGCGCAAUCCAAACAUUGGUUCAGAAAUCCGAUCGUUUGUUUAUCUAUGCAGCUACAGCAUGUCGCUUUAUUUACGACGGACGAGAACUACUUGCGAAAGAGCGUCUCUCUUCUCUGAUCAAUUUGGAUAACAAAUCGACCCAUCCGGAGAAAGAGCUAUACCAAAUGUAUGCAGCCGUCUUGGAGCAGUCAUUCACACAGAACUACCAGCCUGGGGAGGUACCUAGAGUAUACACUGUGUUUAACCGGGUCGUUGGCUCUAUUGUUGUCCUUUUCGACACGAUGACACCUUUUGACUUAUCUAGUCUCCUCUCUGAAUCGCAACACGAAAUCCUCGCCAUGCUACGCUGUCUCUACUCUGUGCUCGACAUUGCAGAACAGGCGGGCGGGCGUAUUCGUCUUGUCCAUCCGUCGUUUCGGGAUUUUUUACUCGACCCCACAAGGGCCUCUGAUAGAGGAAUAACAGUUGACGCCAAAGCUACUCACCGUGACCUGCUGUUCUGCUGUUUGAGGCUCAUGAAGGAAUACCUUAAACGGAAUAUGUGCAAUAUCGAAUCACCUGGAACCCGAGUACACGAAAUCCCCAAAGAUCGCAUAGAUCAACUCAUUUCUCAUCCUGUCCAGUAUGCCUGUCGCAACUGGAUUUACCAUCUAGAACAUAGCUGUGUUAAUCUAGAUGAAGAAAUUUUGGAGAUGAUCGAUUUCUUUCACGGCCGCUUCCUCUACUGGUUAGAGACCCUGGCCUGGAUCGGGCGACUCUCAGAGGGCGUUACGAUGGUUAAGCUAUUAGCAGCAAUAUUAGCUCGCCAGUCCAAUUCGAUUAGCAAUCAGUCCAUGCUUUCUAAGCUGAAGUCGAAGCGGAAACAGAACCCCGAGAUGCAUUCACCCCGUGCGACUUUAUCUCUAGUAUCUGAUGCUAUGCGAUUUCUACUUCUUAAUUUCCUCAUCAUAGAAGAAGCUCCGCUCCAAAUAUAUUGUUCCGCUUUGUUAUUCGCCCCUCGAGAUAUACAACAGCCUGUACCUCUUAAGAAUUGGACCUCCCAUCAACAAACUAUAAACCUUUUGGGAAAUGCUAUCCAGGUUAUCGUGUCGCUAGAUGGUGAGCUCGUAGCAUCAGCACAUGAAGAGGAUGUGAUAUAUAUCUGGAAUGCGACUACAGGCAAAAACCAGCGUACAUUCCAUUCUCCCUUCAUAAAAUGGAUCGCCUUUUCCCCAGACAGCAGGAUUCUAGCGUCGACCGGAAAGGAUAGGGCAAUACGGAUCUGGGAUGUAGCUACAGGCCAAGAGCAGCGCGCCAUGAUUUCCAACUAUAGAUGCGCUGUUAUGGCUAUCGGCUUGUAUCGAAGCGACCAGCACCUUAUUGCAUCAGCAGGCGAUGAAUAUGUGAAUCUCUGGGAUGCAAUUACAGGUGAAAUGUUACAUAUUUUACGGGGUCAUUCAGAUGAAGUUAUGAUGCUCUCCUUUUCACCUGACGGUCGACUUCUGGUGUCAAUCGCGAAGGAUGACACUAUCCGGCUUUGGGAUGUGGCUACAGGCAAGGAGCUGGAUAUUUUCCAUUACAGAAAAAACGACGCCGUUGAUCGCUUGAGGCUUAAAGGCUUUCAUAAUAUAUGGCCUUGCUUGCCACCCCGCCACCUGAAUCAUCUCCAAGACUACGUUACCUUUUCAGCAGACGGACAGCUCGUUAUUUCGAUAGGGUUUCCGAACACCAUUCAACUCUGGAACGUGGCUACAGGUCGGCAACAGCAUAGAUAUCGAAUUCAUGGGGGAAGUAUUGGACCCCUCACUGUUCUAUCCGAUGGUAGGCUUGUAUUUAUCACGAACGAGGCCAAAAGACUGCGUCUCUGGCAUCUAACUGAAGGCUCAGAAAUAAAUAUAGAGCAGCACCAGUUUCCGAAAGUUUACCAAGUGGCCUUUUCACCAGAUAGCCGACUUGUAGCAUCGUGGUCAGACGAUUACAUCAUUCGGCUUUGGGAUGGAAAUACAGGCAUUAUGCGGCACAUAUUCAAAGACUCUCGAAGAUGGGUCAGGACUAUUGCUUUCUCUCCAGACAGCCAAUCUCUGGCGUCAGUAACAACUAAACGAAUGAGUCUUUGGGAUGUAGCUACAGGUACAAAACGACGAACUAUACGAGCUUCAAGUAUGGGUACGGUUGGUUUCUCGCCGAAUGGCCAACUGAUACUAGGGUUUGGAGUAGACAGUCUGCUAAAGGCCUGGGAUGUAGCUACAGGGGAAGAGCGGACUAUAAAUCAUAAUCCGGUCGACAGUACUACAACCAUAGCUAUUUCGACAGACAACCAACUAAUCGCACAGGCAGGGUAUCAUUCGGUAAUACAUCUUAUAGACGCAGCCUCUGGCAUGAUGAGGCACACGUUGUUUGGCCACUGGGCUGGGAUCACUGCCGUUACCUUCUCACCUGACAGUCGGCUUAUCGCUUCAGCAGGGGCAGAUAGAAGAAUAUGUGUCUGGGACGUAGCUACCGGCAGAGCAAUACACAUCAUACGGGCCGACACUAUAGUCCGAUAUCUUGCCUUUUCCUCCUGUGGAAGUCGCCUGAUUACAAACAAAGGCAUCUUUAUGCUCUCUUCAGACGAGUUCAGAGCACCAGGGAGCCUUUCUGUCUCAAACAACUGGAUCCACCAAGAUGGGAAGGAUAUUUUAUAUAUACCCCCAGAGUAUGAAGGUAACCUUUCUUUCACUUAUAGAAAUGUUGUGUGCUUUCAAAAUUCGAAGCAUCCUUUACGAAUUGAUCUGUCUUCGUCUAAGUCUAUGAUAUACUAGUUUUUAUCUAAUAAUCCAG